AUGACCUCGUUUACUUCACCCCAGGCGAUCUCGCCUCUGAACGCAUCAAAGUUAACCUACACCUACACCACCGAUCCACGCGAUGUACCCGACGAAGCAACGGCUACCAAAAGCAGAGACACCAUUUGCACCGACCACAUGAUCAUCGCACGCUGGAAAAAAGACAUCGGCUGGUCUACCCCAGAGCUAAAACCCUACGGCCCAUUAAGCCUGCUCCCGACAGCAUCCUGUCUCCACUACGCACACGAAUGCUUCGAAGGACUCAAAGCCUACCGCGGCGAUGAUGGGAAACUCAGACUCUUCCGCCCAGACCGCAACGGCGUCCGUCUACAGAUGUCCGCGGAACGCAUCUCCUUACCCGCAGCUCCGGCAGAGGAAUUAAAGAAACUGAUCCUCGCGCUCCUCCACGUCGAUGGUGCGAAAUGGCUGCCCAAACAUCGCGCUGGAGACUUCCUCUAUAUCAGGCCGACUAUCAUCGGCUCGAACUCGCAGCUCGGUGUGCAGGCGCCCACUGAAGCUUUGCUGUAUAUUAUUGUUGGAUAUAUGCCGCGCUUAGAUAUGAUGCAAGGUGGGAAGCGCUUGCUCACCUCGCCGCAGGAUAUGGUGCGCUCUUGGGUUGGUGGGUUUGGGUAUGCGAAGGUUGGAGCGAACUAUGGUCCCUCGGUCCUUGCUACGCAAGAUGCGGCGAGUCGGGGCUUCCAUCAGGUUCUUUGGUUGUAUGGUGCUGAGGGGGAGUGCACAGAGGCUGGAGGGAGUAAUUUCUUUUUGUUAUGGCGACGGAAAGAUGGGAAGAAGGAGAUGAUCACUGCGCCGUUGGAUGAUCAUCUCAUUUUGGAUGGCAUUACUCGUCGAAGCUGCAUUGCUUUAGCAAGAGAGCGACUUGGAGAUGAACUCGAAAUCACGGAGCGAAAGUUCACGAUUGGUGAAGUGUUGGAGGCCUCUAAUGAGAAUCGACUUUUGGAGUCAUUUGCUGCGGGAACGGCGUGGUUUAUCACCCCUAUUUCACACAUUCGUCACAGAGAACACGAGAUCGAUAUUCCCAUGGGGCAAGGCGAUGGACCUGGCGAUAUUACCGGAAAGAUGAAAGAUUGGCUCGGCGAUAUCAUGUACGGUCGCACACAGCACGAAUGGGCAACUGUAGUGUCAGAGAGAGAGUAG